AUGAUCAAUGACCUGAUUGCCUCAGCUGCGAGCUUCACUGACUUGCAAAAAAAAGAUAGUGAAAAGACGAAAGAGCUGCAGUUAUUGAUCACCGAGCUUGAUGGUCUGCGAGUGGAGAACCCUAGGCUCAAGGCCGAGAACAACGUCCUGCACCUUGAAAUCAUGGAGGCCGUCGAAAGCACUGAGACCUGGGAGGCUUCGGUUCGUUCGAAGCUACAGAGCUUGGAAGAUGAGAUUGAGUCUACCAAAAUGAAUCUGCAGCAAGAAAGCCGCACAAACUUCCAGAAGGAACAAGAGCUUCACCACCUACAGGCCGAGGCGACCGCAUUGUUGCAGCUGGACGAGCUUGAUGCGACAACAAAACCCUGUGAUGCGCUGCCGCAGCGUUCAACCUUUCAGCCUGAUGCUGAACCCUUGAUGGAAAAAGAAGAAAGUUUGACCAAUGCCCUGUACCAAUGCCGCAGGAGUCUCUUAGAGGUGGAAAGCAAGGUAGCGGCCUUUGUUGCUCGUUCCAAGGAUUUGGAGGAACAGGGCAACAAGCUGUGCACGCAACUCUUUGAAGGGUCAAAGCCUUCACAGCCACUCCGACUUCGAGCAGUCAAAGCUCAGCUUGAGGCAGAAUCUUCCAGAAAGCGAAGAGGAGUGGAGGAGCUGCAAGAGCACCGGAGAGAGUUGCACGAAAGGCGGGAGGCAUCACAGGAAAAGGAGCGUCGCUUUGAGGAACGAACUCAGGAACUCUGCCGUGAAGAGGAAGCAUUGAUGGCCGAUGAAGCAAAGGAGGCCACAAAGACAACAGAACUGCUGGAAAAGCAUCGAACAGAAGCCUUGGUGCAUGAACACCAUUCUGCGGAACUGCAGGAGCGGACCAUGGCUUUGCGAAAGGCCUGUGGCACACUGAACAGCUCUUCGCAGAUAUUGGUAGGGCGCUUAAGGCAGCUCUCACAGCAUGAGGUGCUGCGAAGCACUGAGCAGUUACGACGAGUAGAGGAGCUCUUCGAUCAACUGGUAGUUGUACAGAGUGGUCCAGGAACACCUUCAGCUCUACAGCAACAGCGGCUGGAAGAUCAACUACAGGGAGCACAGGAAGAAUGUCUCAGUCUCAGCUCUUCACGAGCUGCUCUACAAGAGGAGGUAGAAGCUGCUACAUUGGAAGCCCAAACACAAACCAGGCAUUUGGAGAUCCAACGCAAAUCUAUGGAGGGAGACAUCCAAAGUGGGGCAGAGAUUCAAACCAGGUGGCAAAGUGCUGGUGCUCACUUGCAGUGGCUCAACUCUUCGCUGUUUGGGCUCACCGAUGAGCAGAGGAUGCUGAAGCACAAUCUUCAGGAGCAGCAAGUUUCUUUGCAUGAAGAGGGGCUGCAAUGGAUCCAGACACAGGUGAAGGUUCAGCGACUGCAAGCUGUGGUGAAGUCUCUGGACCAUACCCGCGAAGAAUGGGUGGCAGACCUUUCCCGCGCAGUGACAUCCUUGCGAAAUGCACAUUCUGCGCUUACAACGACCUUGCAACAGGAGGAGAGUGCACAAGUGGCAUCUGACCAGUUGAGGCUUGAGCUCUUAUCCUCAGAGCGGAGCCUCCACGUGGCGACACAACAGCGCCAGGAGUUGGCCACCGAGGUAGAUGACUGGUCCUUAGAGCUGCGGGGAGACAACAAAAGACGUGACGAGGCUCGAUGCGCUGCUGCUCAGCUCAUGGAUGAACUUAGAGAGGUGUCAAUGCACGCAUGGAAUCCGCACGCUCAAAGGUGCACCAGAGAGGCUUGUGGAGCAGCUGCAUGA